AUUUUCUCUUUUUUUUCACAAUUUGUGUUCGUUCUGUUUACCAGCAACUGUCGUUUGAAAAAUUGUUUUGCAGAGAGCUUUGGGUAAAAACAAUAUAAAAAUAGAUAAGUAGCACACCAAAAACGCUCGCCUAAAGCAGAUUUUGAAUCAUUUUGUUUUCGCAUAAAUGAUAGUGAUAAGAAACUGGCAGCGUAUUAGCUAUUUAUCAUUUUGUCGAUUUUCAACUCGAUCACUGUCAAUUCAGCAAUUCCAGAAAACUCCUCUGUUGCUGGUAGUGAGGCAACAAGGAUCUGCACGUUUAAAAAUGACUUCUUCUCCUCCUGAAAUAGUCCCGCAACAGCCAUUAGAUGCGUUGCUUCUCAACAAGACGGAUACAGAGCAGGAAAUAUUUCUCACAAAAUACCCCAAUUAUGAUGGAAGGGAUAUUUUGAUUGCAAUUCUGGAUACAGGAGUUGAUCCAUCGUUGCCGGGAAUGCAAGUUACAACAACCGGAGAAAGAAAAAUGUUUGAUGUUAUUGACUGUUCUGGAGCUGGUGAUGUUGAUACCUCGAUCACAAGAACUGUCAAAGAUGGAGUUAUUGAAGGAAUUUCUGGACGAAAAUUAGCGAUUCCAGAGAAAUGGAAGUGCCCAACUGGACAAUACCAUGUAGGACUGAAGCCAAUCUUUGAGCUCUACACGAAGGGAGUGAAAUCUCGUGUUAUCAGCGAACGGAAAGAGGAUGUUGUUGGACCGUCUCAUAACAUCGCAGCUUCGGAAGCUUUGAAACAACUUACAGAACAUGAAAAAGUAGUUGGAGGUACCAGCGAAAAAACUUCAGACAAGUGGGCAAGAGAAGACUUUGCGUGCAAAGUUGAUUUCCUGAAAUCAAUGGCUUCUGUAGCCGAUGUUGGACCAGUUGCUGAUGUCGUCACCUGGCAUGAUGGUGAAAUGUGGAGAGUAUGCAUUGAUACAUCUUUCCGUGGACGAUUAGGAUUGGGCAAUGUGCUCGGAACGUUUCGUGAAACUGGCGACUAUGCUUAUCUUACUAAUAAGGAUUCUGUUGUGUAUACUGUGCGAGUGAGUCCCGAUGGAAACCUCACGGAAAUCGUCGUCCCAUCUGGUGCACAUGGAAGCCAUGUUGCAGGAAUCGCUGCUGCAAACUAUCCAGAUAAUCCUCAAAAGAAUGGACUUGCUCCAGGAGCAAAAAUUCUCUCACUAAACAUUGGAGAUCAUCGUUUGGGAGCUAUGGAAACUGGACAAGCAAUGACGAGAGCAUUCAAUAUGUGCGCCGAGUUGAACGUCGAUAUCAUUAAUAUGUCAUUCGGAGAAGGAACUCAUUUGCCGGAUGUUGGACGCGUCAUUGAAGAAGCUCGACGAUUGAUUAAUAGACGAGGCGUGAUCUACGUUUGCUCAGCUGGAAAUCAAGGACCUGCGCUUUCUACUGUCGGUGCUCCUGGUGGAACUACAACUGGUGUAAUUGGAAUUGGUGCUUAUUUAACUUCCGAAUCAGCUGAUACGCUCUACGGUGUUUACAAGCCUGUCGAAAGUAGUAUUUACCCAUGGAGCUCUAGAGGACCAUGCCAAGACGGAAAGCUAGGAGUUAGUCUUGUGGCUCCAGCGGCUGCAUUUGCUGGAGUUCCUCAAUAUUGUCGCCAAAGUAUGCAAAUGAUGAAUGGAACAAGUAUGAGCUCUCCCAAUGCAGCUGGAAAUGUCGCUUGUAUGCUGUCAGGAUUGAAGCAGAAUAAUUUGAAAUGGACUCCAUACACCGUUCGCAUGGCAUUGGAAAAUACUGCCUAUAUGCUUCCACAUAUUGAGUCAUUUUCGCAAGGACAAGGAAUGAUCAAGAUCGCCACUGCGUAUGAAAAACUUUCCGAGAUUUUAGUCAAUAAAGUGUUCCCACCAAGACUGACACAUUUCGAGAUCAAUGUAUCGAAUCACUGCAAGAAAUCGAAAGGUGUAUAUGUUCGUGAGCCUAACUGGAAUGGACCGCAGGAAUUCACGAUUGGCGUUGAACCAAUUUUCCAGAAUCAUCUAUCUGAUAACAAUUUACCUGCAAUCAGUUUUGAGAAACAGAUUAUUUUACAAUCAACUGCUCCAUGGGUUUCUCAUCCACAAACAAUGUUUGUGGUAGCUCAAGAAAGAACAAUGGUUGUGACCGUUGAUGCAUCAAAAGCACCAAAAGGUGCAAACUACACUGAAAUUGUUGGAAUUGAUACGGCUGAUCCAUCAUUGGGACCGAUUUUCCGUAUUCCGGUUACUGUAAUCAAUCCUGAGAAGGUAGCGGUUGAUCAAUACACUUCUAGACUUGUUGGUAAAUCGGGAGUCACCGAAAGACGAUUUGUCGAAGUACCGUCGUGGGCAACCAGUGCAAAGAUAACACUCCGAUCUACUAACAAAGACGAAAUGGAUAGAUUUACACUUCAUACGGUCUACAUUGAGGAUGAUAAAUGUUCCCGAAACACAGAAACUCAAAAAAUACAGGGUCCAAUUGGAAAUGAAUGGAGCAAGUCGAUUACUGUUCAAGGUGGAAAGACUCUUGAAGCAUGUGUUGUUCGUGCUUGGUCACGUGGAAAGAAUCCUGUGGAUGUUGACAUGACCAUCGACUUCUUUGGAGUCAAAAAGCCAACUUCUAUUUCACUGAUUCAUGGAGCAACUAACACGCCCAUUCGCUUCCAAGCUGCUCCAACGAAAAGUAUCGACGUUUCUCCUUCGAUUUCUCUAAAAUCACUUGUUGUAUCACUGAAACCACAAUCUGCCAAAGUAGAACCAUUGGGACCACGUGAUAUGUUCCUUACGUCUGGACUUCAAAUCAAUCGUCUUCUGUUGACUUAUCAGCUUAAAGUUCAAAAACCAAGUGAAGUGCAACUUCAACUUGCUGGCCUUACUCCAUAUUUGUAUGAAUCUCCUGUGGACUGUGUACUCUUCCAAAUUUUCGGAGCAAACAAGUCGUUUGUGGGUGCUUCUUCUUCGUACCCGGAUCGUUGGACUCAGAAGCUUGAGAAAGGAGAUUAUACUAUUCAGGCUCAGAUUAGAUAUCCGGAUGAUCAAGUUUUGCAAGGAAUGAAGGAACUUCCUCUGCUUGUUCAUGUGAAACUUGGAAACAAAAUUUCUGUUGACCUCGCAGCUUCUGCCAGCGAUGCAACACUUGGAAAAGAGUGCAAAUUUGCUGGAAAAGCCCUUCUUCCAAAUCAAGAAAUGACCGUCUACGCUAUGAAUAUCGCUGAUGAUAAAUUGCCAAAGACUAUCGUACCAACAAGUGGAAGUUUCCUUGCUGGAACAUUUAGUGCUCUCAAGGAUUCUGAUUUGAGUGAUGUAGACAAAUCUGAAGUUAUUUACUUUCUCAGUGAGUACUCUACUCGUCCUACGAAAGGAUUGUCAAUGGUUACAACAAAGAAAGAUACGAAUCAAAAUCAGGAAAUGACUGACGCCAUUCGCGAUUUGGAAGUAUCAUGGGUGCAAAAAUUGACAGACGAAAAGGCAGCGAAAGAAUUUUUCGAAGCUUGUCUGCAGAAGUAUCCAGAUCAUCUCCCACUACUUCAGAAUCGAGUAAAGCAAUUGAUGCAAGCAAAACUUGUGGAUCAAACACCGGAAAACGUGCAGAAGAUUAUUGAAUUAUGUGGUCAAAUUUUGCAAAUCACAAAACCGAAUGAAACUCUUCAGUUCUCAUCCGUCAAGCAAGAACAUGAUGAUGAUCUCCUUACUGUUGACAAAUGGCUGGCACUAACCGGAGGCAGUGAGGACCAGCGAAAGGAUGUGGUGAAGUUGAUUUCACAAUUUGAGGAACGGAAGAAAAGUAUUAUUCUCGCUUUGCAAGCUCUUUCAUCAUUGGAGCAGGAUAUUGAAGUUCGUAAGAGCAAGUUCGACGUUCCAGCAAGUCUUCGUUUCGGAGGAAUCACUCCUCUAAUUUUCGGUGGAAAGCAAGGAGAAGUGAUCAAUAAGAAGUCUGAAGGUUAUGAAGCACUGAAAUCAAAAUCUGAACAAAUUGAUGCAACUGUCUCUGAAGAACUGAAAAAGUUGGAUAGUAAUUGGACUGGAAAUCAGUUUUACGUCAAGCUUCUCGUUUGGUUGUCUGCUGAUGAUACUAAAACUGCACUGAUCUCUGCCAAACAUGCAGCUGCUCUUGGACAAUUUGGAAGAUGUGCAAAGCUUCUCAACAAAGCUGGAGAUGAACUGAAGUCGUCUGCUACUGAUUCGCAAGCUGUUGAUACAUCAUUGGCUGAAGUCUGCGAAAGUCUCGAGUGGAAUCAUCUUGCUACUCACUUUAAAAAUUCGGCUCUGAUCAAAAACAGAACCUCCUACCGUCUUUUCUAAUUAGUGUAUCAUAAGAAAUUUCGCGGGUUUCUUUUUUCUGGAAGCUUUUUUGCUUCCAUUUCCGUUGUGAAUCAAAUGAUUUUCCCAUUUGAAUAGAUAAACUUUUAUUGUUUUAUAAAUGAGAUCAAACAAAA